AUGGAGAUGCGGAUGUUGAGGUGGACGAUAGGUGUAACGCUAAAAGAGAAAGUAUCCAACGACGCUGUGCGCUCCGUCUUCGGUGUCGUCCCGAUAACUGAGAAGAUGAAGGAGGCGCGACUGAGAUGGUUUGGUCACGUCUUGCGGCGAGAGGAAGAUUCUGUUGCCAAAACCGCUCUGAAGCUCGACGUUUCAGGAGUGAGGCCGCGCGGGAGGCCAAAAAUUCGCUGGUUAGACCGUGUGAAGCUGGAUAUGAUAGAUGCACGUUUGUGUACGGCUGAUGCAAUGGAUAGAACCAAAUGGAAGACAAGAAGCAGAAAAGCGGACCCUGCAACAACGCGGGACAAACGCUAG